AUGAUAUAUAUUUGCGGUCUUUUAUCAAACGAGAGCUUUUUUUCGAUCAAAGAGAAAAGAUCCGAUUCGGGAUCGAUAGCACUGACAGAGACUGCCUUACUUGACUGGCCCACUACGCAACUAUCUAUAAACCAUAAAGAGAAAGCAUUGGUACCGUACUGGCUAGCCCUACAUGCUAGGACUGAUUGGGAUGACUCACUGAUUGGCUUGCUUGCUUUCCCGCACCGACCGCCUUGGACAGACGCUCCUUGGACUGCUGCCCUUGGGAACGGGCUUGUCACCGAGAAUGUGGAAGAAUGGCUCACUUGUGACAGUAAGGGAGAAGCACUAAUGGUUUACCAAUACGGAGAUGGUGGGAUCAUUCUAUUCUCAAGAUCUACCCUAGCCCCGGAUGAAGCUGUUAGUCAGAGACCAGGCGAUAGAGACCAUAUCCCUGUAUCAGUCGUCUUUGGAAAGAAUUGUCUUUGCCACUUAAGUGUUUUUAUCUUUCCUGGCGUGUGCAACAACUCCUCUUAUUGGCUAGACAUCUGGUCAUGCACAUCACAAGUAGACACAACUGAAUCUCUUAUUCGCCUUCGCCUUCCAAGGGCUAUUUUUUUAGUCUUCCGGGACCUCUCAGGCUAA